AUGGCCACAAUUGUCAAUGUCAAUGGUCUGAUUGGAGCAUUUGCAGCACCUGACAAAAUCCAUUGGGCUCCUGGUCUACCGAAGACAAGGAGCGGAAAGAUAAUGAGAAGGAUAUUAAGGAAAAUUGCUUCAAGGCAAUUAGAUGAGCUCGGGGAUACAAGCACACUUGCAGAGCCAAAUGUAGUCGACCAGCUUAUUGCACUUGCUGAUUGCUGA